AUGAAUAAACAGGCGCUGGUCCAUGUCCCAACAUCAGCAGGCCAGGGCCCAGGUCACCAGACGGCGCUGCACCGAGCUGCCAUGGUGGGGAACAUUGAUACCAUGGCUGCUCUGAUUCAGGGAGGCUGUGCUGUCGACCUGCAGGACAGAGAUGGCAACACUGCGCUGCAUGAGGUGUCUUGGCAUGGCUUCUCUCAGUGUGUCAAACUGCUGGUCAAGGCAGGAGCUGAUGUACACAUCAGGAACAAGGCAGGAAACACUGCACUUCACCUGGCCUGUCAGAACGCACACGCUCAGACUGCUCGCCUUCUGCUGCUUGGAGGAUCCACACCGGACACCAAGAACAAUACGGGUGACACCUGUUUGCACGUGGCUGCUCGCUACAACAAUGUGACCCUGGUGAAAAUGCUUCUGAGUUCACUGUGCUCUGCGAUGGAGAGAAACCAGGGAGGAGACACAGCUCUCCAUGUGGCUGCUGCUCUGAACCAUAAGAAGACAGUUCAUCUCUUACUGAAGGCAGGGACUGAUGGAAAAAUCAGAAACAAUGCAGGGAAAACAGCACUCGACAAGGCCAGAGACAACAAUCAUAAAGAUGUGGCACUUCUUCUGGCCAGGGCUCCUCAGGUACAUCACUUCAUGCGAAGAAAAACAAUAAGAAAACGAAGAGAGACACUGAUAGCUGAGUGCGGGACCCAGUCUGUCUCCAGAAUAGAAAUACUACCCAACAAAGACAGCAGUUCUGUGGUGGAGGAAUGUCCCGGCAGUGAACAAAUGGAGAGCAGAACUGCCAUCAAGGUUGGUCCCCAGCAGCGGCAGCAGCAGCAGCAGCUUUAUCACAAGACCCCAGCCACCAUCAGCAGCCGCUACAGCCGCUGCAAGAGAAGACGAGCCAACAAGCAGGUUUUGAAAGAAGAUGAUCUGCGAAAAGGCAAGAAUGACUUCCACAUUAAGAGGGAUUGGCUCUGUGAUGAUGAUGGUGAAGACAGUUCCACUCAGAAUGGAAAAAGCUAUCAGCUUUACACACUGUACCGUGACAAGGAUGGCAGUGUCAGACAGGCACCAGCAAACGGAUGCUCCUGUAGGCCCCUACUGAAGAAGCUGGAGGGUCAGAUGAAAGCCACACAGGAUGAGAUGAAGCUGCACAUUCUCACUGUCCAGGAGCAGGUCAACAACAGAAUGGGCAAAAUGGACCAAAGGACCAGACACCAGAUUAAAGUGUUGAAUCAGGAAAGAGCAGCAGCAGAGAGGAAGAUAAUUUACAGGAUCGAGCAGAGAGCUGCCCAGGACAGGGAGGAAGCUCUGAAGACACAGCAGGCAGCAGUGACUCAUGAACUGAAGAGGUGGUGUAUGUCUCACCUAAAGGACAUGGAUGUCCACAUCCCAUCCAAAGCCCAGUAUUACAAACUCCUCCCAUCGCCAUCUGUGGAGCAAUCUGUGGCAGAUGCUGAUCUGGAAUCACUCCCUCUGCUGUCUGUGGUAUCCGGAGACAGCAGCACUUCACUGGCUAACUAUGUCAACAUCCUGCCGUCCCAAUCUGCCUACAGUCUGGGAAACCUAGUGCAAGAACAGAUGGGGAGGAGGACAUACUUUGAAAUGAGAGUGGACAGGUCACCAGAUGACUAUGAGAACACAGCCCUGUUUUCUCUGCCGGCCAAGCCCACCUCCGGCCUCCUGGGCUCUGCUGACCCGCUCUGGCAACCUCUGGGAGUGCGGGACAGUCCCAUAGCAACAGCGGUGCCAUUGUGUGGGGAAGGAUCCUUGAGCAGCAGCAGCCAGUGCAGGAUCAGCGACCAGGGAACUAGACUGAUCCCGCAACAGGAACGCAGCUCUGACGCGCAGCACAGAAAACACUCGGGAGAGCUGACGAGUACCCACAGGGACCCAGACAGCAUCAGAACACUGGAGUUCUUCAUCAACCGUCCCACUGAGCUCACAUUCAACCAGGAGAGGAAAAAUCUGCAUGCUAUGGAGGUAACUCAGCGUUUCUUUGAGACGGUGUCGACUCAGUUGGAGCGCUGGUACGAGAGGAAGAUUGUGGAGGUGGAGCAGCAGACGGAGCUCAGAGCCCAGCAGGACAGGAAGGAGCUGCUGCAGCGAAUCAACAUGAUGGAGGAGGAGCUUCAGAGGCUGAAGACCAAUGAGGAUGCAGAGAGCUGA